AUGGAUGCCAAAGGGAAAGGAGCAGCUGCCCCUGCAAAGGGGCAGCAAAAGGGAAGGCGCCAGAUGCCUAUGGGAAAGGUCUUGCAACUCAUGACCAGAGGGGUGGUGGAGGGGCCUCUGGCUACAACCCUUGUGGCAGCUGCUGCAGCCAGUGUCAGCAAGAAACCAGCCACAGCUAGCCAGCCAGUCGAAGAAGUGGAAGGCGCUGAGGGUGACCUCACAGAGGCACAAGUCAAGAGGCAUGACCAAAUUGAAAGCCUGAUGGCUGAGCUGAACGGACUUGAUGAAGACAACCUGAAAAACAAGCUUGGUGGGCUAGACAACCUCACCAUGAUGCUUCUGUGGAAGAGGUUCACGAUGAACAGAGAAAUGGAAGGUGAAGACCAGAAGUAUGCCCCGAGCACAAGUGGGCCUGGCAGCACUGCCAAGAAGCAAAUGCUGCUCAGGGCCUGGUUGAAAGAUGGUGGCCAGCUGCAAAAACACUACAGGCAGGCAGUGAUUGCCUUUGAGCUGAAAAAUGUGUCCAAGGAAGGGUACAAGUGGAGGUCUUGGAAGAAGACUUGUGAUGACCUGGGUAAAGAGCAAGCCCCACCCUCAAAUGGAGAAAAUGUCCACAGAACACAAAGUACAUGGAGUUUUGCGCAGGAAGCUACCAAGAUCAGGAACACUCGGCUAAAGGCUUCCUCCAGCAAGGCCACCAAAGAGGACACCCUGGCAGACUAUGAGAACCUUACUUUGGAUGACGUCAAGGCUGAAGACAACUGGGGGAUCGAAGUGGUGGGAGAAGAGGAUGAUUUUGCAUCCAUGGGUCUGGACCCAGACCUCAAGAAAUUCUGUGGCUCCAACAAAAACAAGGGCCACAAAGAUCCAGAAGACAACCCAAAGAAUGAGAAGAAAAACAAAUGGGAGCUGACAAGCCAGGUGUCCUCUGCCACCACAAAGCAGGAACUGUCCAAGAAGCUUUUGGCUUUCAAAGCAGAGCUCUGCAAAGAGCAAAGCUUCUUCCAAGCAGCCAUGGUUGAUGCUGAUGACAAGAAAAGCCAAGACUGCAAGCAGGCUGUGGCCAUGGUGAAGCUGGCAGGGGAUGCCAUAAAGCAAGAAGCAGCCAAGAAUGCUUUGGUGGCAUCCGUGAAGGCUGUGCAAGCCUGCAAGAAGAACCAUCCCAAAAAGAAGGCCAAGAAGGAGCCUGAGGCAGGCUCUGAUGAGGGUCACCGCACCAGCCAGGAUAGGCACCAAUCUAGGAAUAUGUCAGAGCCUUGCCCCUUGUGGGUUCUGCUGGUGCAGAAAUUUGCACUGGGCACAACAAGUGCCAUUGAACUCCAACAUUUAGCUGAUGCUGCUGUGAAGAGUGGUGCAAGCACACCAGAGAUGCUUCAGCUUCAGGGCCUUGGCGCCAUGGGCCAGGGAAUGAACCCUCAGAUGACACAACAGCUCUGGAGAUCAUUGGACUUUGAUCGACCAGAAAGUCUCCCCAUUCCAUGGUGUUUGCAUGGUGAUGGAGCACCCUUCACAGAGACUGAUUCCAUACAAGUCAUUUCCUUUAGAUGCCUUCUGGCAUCAAUGCCUGUGGGAGACAGCCAGCUCCUUCUAGCUGCAAUACCAAAAGCAGCAGUCAGCAAGGAAACAUUCAACACCAUCAUGGAAUGCAUGGCUUGGUCCUUCACUUCGCUCUAUGAAGGCAAGGCACCAAAGAAGAACCAUUCUGGGGUGCCCCAUGGAUGGAGUGAAGGGCAGACCCCUGAGAAGGGGAGUUUUGUGGGCAAUCUGGAAUGGUUCGCAUCAGAAUUUGGCUUCCCAUACAGCUCAAGCAAUAUGAUUUGUGCAUACUGCUUGGCAGACCAGAAGAAGACAGGCAGUGAAAGGCCUUUUACAGACUGCAGGCCAACCGCUCCAAGGCCUAGUCACUCUGAAAACCCAGGAGAAGCCAAGAUGCAGCUUCUGAACAAGAAGAUUGCUGAGAUGUAUGGCAAGUUGGGCAUAGAAGCUGCCAAAAGAAUCAAGCACCUGACCCUCAAUGAUGUGGCAUCAUCUGCAGAGGAGUGCCCUGCGCUCAAGCAUAUCAAGGGGAACAAGAUUCGACACUUCGCCCCAGUGGCUUUGGAGCUGAGUAAGCUCCAUGCAGAUGACAGGGCAGGGCAACACAGAGUUGCAACGCUGGAGGAGUUGCAGAGAAUCUACACACUGCUGGACAAGAAUUGGAAAGAGUGGUCUCCAGAAUGUGGUAUUGCCCUGGAAAGGGCAGGACAAGUUCUCCUUGCACACUACUCAUGGCUUGCCAACGAUGCCUUUGAAAAAAGGUUUGCGUCGAUAUUCUCUGGUGCAGAAGCACCACAAAUUGAAUCACCUUCUGGCACAAGCCCAUCAUAUCCAUCCAGCCAGCGCAUGGUGCUAUGGCUCAGAGAGCUUUAUGGGCAUCAUAAAGCAGAUAUCAUCCAGCUGCACUUGGGGCACACCAGCUCACAAAGUGACUGGAAAGGUGCUGAUGAAAUUCAGGCUGGUUUUUCAUCUACUCCUCAAGGCGUACAGAAAUCUGGAUAUCAUCGACUCGGCAGAAGAGUGAGAAAACAUUGCCUUGCUGCGCUGCAAGUUGGAUUGCCAUGGGCUGCAGACUAG